CUUGCAAGCAGUCACAUGGAGCCAACCGAGCCAACUGUAGCACUGGCUGCAGUCAUCAUCUGCAAGGACGAGUCGCAUCGUGAGGUCGUCGGUGUACAGGCUGAACUUCUCUGCUUCUACACGCGCCAAUCCCAGAACUUUUUCACGAUGGCCGGUGGUUUUGCGACCACACUGUACAACGGUGUCUUCAAGAGAUCCUCGACAUUUGCGUUAGCCGCAAUUGUGGGCGCAUUUUUCGUGGAGCGCAUCACGGACAUCACAGCGAACACGAUCUUCGAGUCGGUGAAUAAAGGGAAGCUGUGGAAAGAUAUCAAGGGCCAGUACGAGUAGAAGCUGCAUCGGUCGGCGUAGUACUUGGAAGACCCUGGAAUGGCCUCUCCACCAUUGAAAAGCGGAUUGUAGGCCACCCAAUUCGAACACUCACCUGUUUAAUAAGUAAAGAUGUGAUAUUCACAUUUAAGCUUG